CCCUCUUUUCUUGUCUUUCAGAUAUAUGUAUCAUGUUCUGACCAAAAAUACCACUGUGACUGACCAUAACCGCAACCUGUUGGUGGAAACCAUUCGAUCAAUAACAGAGAUCCUGAUAUGGGGAGAUCAAAAUGACAGUUCGGUGUUUGACUUUUUCUUGGAGAAGAACAUGUUUGUGUUCUUUCUGAACAUUCUGCGUCAGAAGUCGGGCCGUUACGUGUGUGUGCAGCUUCUGCAGACUUUAAAUAUCCUCUUUGAGAACAUUAGUCACGAAACAUCUCUUUACUAUUUACUGUCUAACAACUAUGUGAAUUCUAUCAUCGUGCACAAAUUUGACUUCUCAGAUGAAGAAAUCAUGGCAUACUAUAUUUCAUUCUUAAAAACGCUUUCUCUGAAACUCAAUAACCACACUGUUCACUUUUUUUACAAUGAGCAUACCAAUGAUUUUGCCUUAUACACCGAGGCCAUUAAAUUCUUCAACCACCCAGAAAGCAUGGUCAGGAUUGCAGUUAGAACCAUCACGUUAAACGUCUACAAAGUGUCAUUGGACAACCGGGCCAUGCUGCACUAUAUUCGAGACAAGACGGCUGUCCCUUACUUCUCCAACCUCGUCUGGUUCAUUGGAAGCCACGUGAUAGAGCUGGACAACUGCGUUCAGACAGAUGAGGAGCACAGAAAUAGGGGGAAACUGAGUGACCUUGUAGCCGAGCACCUGGAUCACCUUCAUUACCUGAACGAUAUCCUAAUUAUUAACUGUGAAUUCUUGAAUGAUGUGCUGACAGACCACUUGCUGAAUAGCCUCUUCUUGCCCCUCUACGUGUACUCCUUAGUCAAUCAGGACAAGGCUGCAGAACGGCCGAGAAUAAGUCUCCAGGUUUCUCUGUAUCUGUUGUCACAAGUUUUCCUAAUUAUACAUUAUGCACCCCUGGUGAAUUCAUUGGCUGAAGUCAUUCUGAAUGGGGACCUCUCUGUUUUUUUUUCAAAAGCAGAGCAGGAUGUCCAGAAAAGCUCCAUCAAGACGGGCAUCAGGUGCUUCAUUAAACCUUCUGAGACCUUGGAGCGCUCGCUAGAGAUUAAUAAACAGAAGGGAAAAAAGAGGCUGCAGAAGAGGCCCAACUAUAAGAACGUUGGGGAGGAUGAGGAGGAAGAGAGAGGCCCGGAAGACACCCCGGAAGGCACAGAGAGUCCUUCCAAAGGCAUCAAGCCCAGCGGGGAGAACGAAGAAAUUGAGAUGGUGAUCAUGGAACGCUGCAAAUUAAUUUCUGCCACAGAGCAGAAUAUAACAGAUGAGGAGAAGAGCGCAGCCGCUUCUGAGAUGCCCCAUUGGAACAGGCCUUUUCUGGAGAUGGUGUACAACGCCCUGGAGUGUGCUGAGUUUGACUACUAUGCUCUUUUUGUGUUGUGUCUUCUGUACGCCAUGUCUCACAACAAAGGAAUCAAGCCGAUCACCCUGGAGAGGAUUCAGCUCUCAGCCCAGGAUGCUGAAGAGAAGAUCUCAUACAACCCCGGGCUUGCGGAAAGGCUCAUCAGGAUCAUGAGCUAUGCUGCCCAGCCAGACGGCAAAAUUCGUUUGGCCACCUUGGAGCUCGGCUGCCUACUGUUGAAGCAGCUGGUAUUGACCAAGCAUGGUAGCAUCAUAAAAGAUGUGCACCUUGCUUGCUUGGAGGGGGCAAGAGAAGAAAGCGUUCAUCUGGUGCGGCGCUUUUAUAAGGGUGAAGAAAUUUUUCUGGAUAUGUUUGAAGAUGAAUAUAGAAGUAUGACCCUGAAGCCCAUGAAUGUGGAGUACUUGAUGAUGGAUGCUUCCAUUCUGCUGCCGCCCACAGGAACCCCUCUCACGGGGAUUGACUUUGUGAAGAGGCUCCCCUGUGGAGAUGUGGAGAGAACGAGGCGGGCCAUCAGAGUGUUCUUCAUGCUGCGUUCUCUAUCAUUGCAUCUUCAGGAUGAGCCAGAGACUCAAUUGCCUCUGACAAGGGAGGAAGACUUAAUUAAAACAGACGAUGUCCUAGAUCUGAAUAACAGUGAUUUGAUUGCCUGCACCGUGAUCACAAAAGAUAGUGGUCAAGUCCAGAGGUUUCUGGCUGUGGAUAUUUACCAGAUGAGUUUGGUGGAGCCAGAUGUUGGACGCUUAGGCUGGGGAGUUGUUAAAUUUGCUGGCCUUCUCCAGGACAUGCAGGUGACAGGAGUGGAAGACGACAGCCGGGCCCUGAAUAUUGUCAUACACAAGCCAGCUUCCAGCCCACAUUCCAAACCGUUCCCCAUCCUACAGGCGACCUUCAUUUUUUCAGAUCACAUCCGUUGUAUCAUUGCAAAGCAGCGCUUAGCAAAGGGUCGCAUCCAGGCUCGGCGUAUGAAAAUGCAAAGGAUAGCAGCUCUUCUAGACCUGCCAGUCCAGCCAGCCAGUGAAGUGAUGGGCUUUGGGCACGCCCCCACUUCUGCGACCCAUCUGCCGUUCCGGUUUUACGAGCAAGCCCGACGGAGCAGCUGCGACCCAGCUGUGCAGCGCUCGGUGUUUGCCUCUGUCGACAAAGUCCCAGGUUUUGCUGUAGCCCAGUGUCUCAACCAGCACAACCCCUCCUCAUCUUCGUCACCGUCCCCUUCCUCCAGCAGGAGCACCGGCUGCUGCAACUCGGCAGCCCCCAGUACCACGUCCACACCCUCCAUUACACAGAGCCCAUCAGAUGACUCGGUCGCGCUUGAGCAAUCUGUGCCCUCCUCGUCCGGUCAACUGUCCGCAGUAGAUCACUCUUCGCUACCUGUUUUGAAAUCUGGCAAGAACCUUACAAGGAGUGAAGUGGAAACGGCGAACUUAUCUCCGAGCCUGAUUCCUGCCCCGCAGCCGACAAUCUCCUUGAUCUCCAAGGACAGCACGGACACCCUGAGCGUGGAGUCGCUGACGCUGGUCCCCCCCGUGGCUGCGGACAGAAUCCUCGCGGUCGGCUGCGUCCAGCCCCCGGCUGCAGAGCUGGGUGUCUGCCCAGACCCGAGGCAGCAGCCUUAGUCGUCCGUCAGAUUGUGACCCAGAGUGGGAGGGUGAGGCAGGCCUCGUUCACCUGAGCAGCGGCUCAAGGCCUGCGGAUCUCCCCAGUGCUGCGGCCUGGCUCUCUUAAACAAUAAACCUUCAGCGUUUCUCUAAGGGAAAAGUAAAUAAGAGGCAGCUGUGAAAUCUAGGACCCGUACGCGACGCUGGCGGCGGUGGGGCCUAAUUUAAGGGAUUGGAAAUGUUUCGGAAGGACCGGUGGAUUUUUCCUUUGCUGCUUGUUCUGUUCCACUUUUGCUGAGUCUGUCUGCUGCCAGCAAAAGCUGCGACUGCAGCAAAGCCAAGUCAGCUCCUCUGGGUUGGAUCUUCAGCAAACGUUCUGCUUCCUGCUCUGCCCAGAAACGGAGCAUCAAGGAACUACAGAGGGAUUUCCCCCAUGAACACAUACCCACCGUUGGAGCAAAACCUCUGGUCCACCAGCCUCUUCCCGUUUCAUUUUUCUUUGUUUUUUCCCUUUUAUGCGAGGGCACGAGUAGUCUGUGGGAAUCCUAGCUGAGCUGGCCAUUUGUACUCAUAGCACUGUAAACUUUAAUAUUCAGCUUGUGUGUAUUCCGUGUGAAAUAAUUUUAACUUGAAGUACACACACAUCUGUUAUGGGUGGGGAUCUACAAAUACAAAAUUCAGAUCUUUUGCAUACAUCUUAAGGGCUGCUUUGGGUGAACACAUGGAGGAACGUUGUCAAGAGUUUUGUGUAAAGGAUUUCAGAGGAAUGUAAAAUAUUUUAGCAUA